AAAUAAUCUAAAUCUCUGCUCAGAUCGGAUGAUGAAAUAUGAUACGGUCAGAAGCUUUUAAGAGGCUCACUCGGAAACCGCGAUUUAAUAUUUUUCUUCCAACAGGAACGAAUAAAUAGGAUCUCGCAUCACCUUCGAGUCGACUAACGCAGGGACGUUCCAACUGUUUACUCGAUUGCAAAAGUUUACUCGAUCGUUUAAAAAAAAAUGACACGGGUUGUAAAUCAUCGUUGCAAUAUGUGACCUCGUACAGCAGCUACAACUAGUGUCAAAAUGAAUGCACCCGACGCUCGCUCUCGUGAAGUCUUCCACCCUCUUUGGGGAAAACGCGGAGAGUCAGUGCUUCAUAUCGCGGACUACGAUCCUGACUUCGUUAAGGCUUCCCCUAAUCCAUCUCCUCUAUAGGGAUCCCUCAAACAUAUGCGUCCCAAUACCAGGGACCCAUACUGACGCAUAUGCUUGAGGGAUUCACUUCCACAGGGACGAAUAUUAGGGGAGAGCUCUAACUUCGGAGUCCAGUAUAAUUCCUCGUCUGCGUGCUACGAAGACGUGAUCCUAAAAGUUCGCAAAUCGCUCAUUCAAAACCGGAUCGCAAUUGUGCGUCACGUCAUACCACCUGAAGUCGUCCGAAUAGCUAUGCAUGGUGAUGAAAAUGAUCCUAGACAACCUAGAAGUUGUAAGGAGGUGCCGUCGUGUGCGUCUGGGGCAGAUGGUAAUGAUCCUAGAAGUAAAAAGGAGGUGCCGUCGUGUGCGUCUGGGGCAGAUGGUAAUGAUCCACCUAGAAGUUGUAAGGAGGUGCCGUCGUGUGCGUCUGGGUCAGAUGACGAAGAUGAAAAUCGAAGUGGAGAUGACGAAGGCCAAUUCGAGAAUGGAAUCAGCCAAUUGGAGAAUCUCCUAUCCCGUGUUGACGUACAGCAGAGGAGAGAUGUUUUAGCUGUGCUGGAGCAUGAGAAUUUGACGAGGCUGUUGCACGACGUGAUGAAAGGGAUGACGGAGGAGGAUCUGUUUCAUGGGAAGGGUAGUUGUCAACAGGGAGAGAUCGACGGUGAAGAAGAAGACCCAUGUGCAGCUGAUGGAGCCUGCUCGUCUUCAUCAUCUGUUGAAGAUCUGCUGCUGCCGCCUAAAGGACGACGACAGAUCAAAACAGCAUUUGCGCCUAGCACUUUAGAGACCAUCUCGUCAACCUCGUCUAGGUGUAAAGCCCCAACGACUUCCUCCACGUCCUCGUCACCCUCCACGACUGCUUCUAUUCUAGAAACAACAGAGUACAAAUGGUUGCGUAGUGUGAAGCCGGAGCUCUAUACAGGGUUGCACCGUGAUCGCUACUACCUUGGAAACCCAAGAUAUCUCACUGCUUGGAUACCUUUCUCGGAGUCGGUAGAUCUAGGCAAUGGAACGCUUGUGUGGCUAGCUUCUUCCUCGAAGGACGAUCUUCAUGAUUGUUCUGUUGAAGGUGGCUCAGGACCAUGUAGUUGUGCUUCAGGUAGUACCAAAAACACAUGCAAAAGUGUGGAAGUUCCAUCUUCAGCGAUAGAAUCAUCUUGUUCUGCGUCUUCCUCUUCAGGAGAGCAGGGGACAAAAGCUGCAUUUUCUUCGUCUUCCGCUGGUGGUAAUGCAGGAUCUUCAAGCAACGGUACCACUUCCGGAUGGCUCACUUUGGAUGCAUCGGAAUUUCAAGUCCCUAACGGCUUUUUCUGGCGCAGUACCGAGUUUGGAGGUGGCGACGUCGCAAUCUUUUGCAUGGAUUUGCUACACAUGACGAUACCGAAUUUGUCGCAGAGCAAUAGAAUAUCGUGUGAUACACGGUGGAGACUUCGUGUACGGAGUAAGACGUCGCAGAUUAGUUGUAGAAGGACGAGAAGGUGGAGGAGAAGAAACAGAAGCGGAAACAAACGAUUUCAGACAAAUAUUUUUGAUGAAGCUUCUCGUCUCAACAACAACAAUGUUCUCAAGCACAGAACAAAGAAUUUCAUGCUUAAAGAAGCGCGUGCGCGAAUUCGACGCAUCGAGCAUAAAAAUGGAAAUAGAGCCAGAUAUCUUAAAGAGCAUGCGCAUAAUGGAAACAGGUAUCGUUCUAAACAUCAUGCUCCUAUAAGUCGUCAAAUUCUAGUACCCCUCCACCCCGGCGAACCCAGAUUGAAAUGGAAAGAAGUGUAUAGGACAACAUCUACAAUGGAAUAGGAGGAGUCAAAACGUAGUAACGACAUAGCAUAGAUGAAACAAUCUCAUCGAAUGAGAACAAGAGGCUCGCUUACACUUACUCUUACUGUUAU